CAGAAGCGCGGCCUAUUAGUCUUCCUUAGCGAAAUUUGAUUGGUGGAUAAAAACAUCGCGGUUUAUUUAAUUUAAAAGAACUUUAGGCUAGGCUAGGCUAGAACCCACUCUGGAAAAAACCACUGAAGCAUGGAUCUGCUCAUAUGUUAAUAAAAGUUUUUAAUUACAACCUGGACAUAAAAACCAGAGAAAUCAGUAACACCCACCAAGGUCCAAAUGAGGCAUCAGAGCAAGUGCAACGGUUGGCAAUCAAAUGCACAAAAAAAGCGUAAAUAUCGUCAGAUCAAGAAACAAAGCAAACUGAAUGCUGCACGAAGGGUAGAUGCAGGAAUGCACAGUUUCAGCAAUGAUAAAGAAGAGUUCAUGUCAAGUAGUCUGAACUGUGGUCAAGCACCUGAGAGCACUAUGAAUGUACCAGAGAUAGAUGCGACAAAUUGGAUAGGUAGUCUAGCUAACAUCCCUUUAAACUUCAUUCCAUCUGCUUUUACUGGAAUUUAUAAGAGAUGUAUAUGGGCUGUCGGACAGAGCUUGGAGAAAGCUAAGGAUGUGGUAUUCCCAACUCGUACGUUUCGUAGAGAACUGGAAAGUACCCAACUGAAAGUGAUGCAACUGGAGCAGUCCUUGGCAAAAAUCUUAGAAGAAAAAGAUACCAAGACAGAUGCAAAGUGUAAUUGCUGUUCAAGGUCUGUACGUGAUUCUAUGAGUGAAUCUAGCUUCUGUACAUUACUCAACUCAACUCAUCCUGCUCCAGCUUUACAGAUGGUACCGCCUCCGCCAAACUUCGCCCCACCUCCACCAGGCUUACCUCCUCCUCCCCCACCACCACCACCACCACCAGUCAAAGAAGUAAAGCAAGUCAAGAUAGUUAUUAACAAAGUAAAACAAAGUGAAAAUACAAAAAGUGUUAAAAGAUUGCAUAUUUCUUCAAAUGAUUUGCGCAAAGUUAAGCUGAGGAGAGUCAGCCAUAAUGAUAACAAGGAGACUCCAAAGUCUGUGGCAGGUGGUCCACUAGUGUCCCUGAAAGAUCUUCAAAAAGUAAAACUGAGAAGACUUAGUCUGGGAUCAAACCUAAGCCCUGCAAGUCAGCAAGUGCUUAGGAAAAGGUUGCCACAAGAAGCUGUUAAAUUCAGGAGUUCAUUGAAGAAAGUUAGCAUUGCUCGUAGCCCGGGCGGGACACCAUUCCGAACACACCUGAAAGACCAUGGAAAUGGGCUAACACCAGUCAUGACAAGGGCGCUGAAGAAAAAAUUCAUGAAAGCUAGGACACCGUCUCCAGUACCAGCACCAAUGAAGCCACUUCGAUUUUAGCCAAGCAACUUGUUAGUUAUUAAUUAAUCUUCUUUAGCUUAAUUUUAAAUCUUUGAUGAAAUGUUGGUGCUUAUUUGCCAGGUGGAGGCUAAUUUUUAAUAAUGUAGAAAUUAAUAUUAACUUGCAUUUAAAGUUGAAUUAGACAACAAUAACAGUAAUUUUUAUGAUGUAUA